AUGAUCAAGCGUGUCCAGCGGAAUGCUGAACCCCUGAGAGAUGCACUGGCACUACACACAACCAACGUCACCAUGCCAACAGCAACUGAACUGGAGAAAAUGAAGAAGCUUGAGGCUGCGUUGGAGCAGUGCAGGUAUAUAUCUGAACUUCUGGGUGGAGAGAAGUAUGUUUCUUGCUCAGUGGUGCUGCCAGCAUUGUGUCAUCUGUCCCGAGUGAUGGAGGUCACUGAGGACGACCCAUCCUACAUGAUCAAGUUCAAGGGAACCUUCACAGCAGACCUGGAAGCUCGCAAGGAGAAGACCAAUGUUACAUGGCUGAGAUUUGCAACAGCACGUGACCCAAGGUUUAAGGACCUCAAGUGUCUGAGCAAACCUGACAGGGUUCAGGUGUGGGAUUCAGUCCGCGCAUUGCUCCAGGAGAUGGAGAAGGAGAAGCCUGCACAGCCCGAUAACCAAGUCACACCUGAGCCGGCCACGAAGAAACCAGCUCUCUUGCUUGCUUGA